GAGAGUGUGCUGUCAGACACUCAGAGGGACUUGGCUCUCCUUUUGAAGACUUCUCAGCAUCAGUUUGCUUCUGCUCAACAAGUUGAAAAUGUAUCAACCCAGGAAGGCAGCAUCAGUAGUGAGCUACAGCAGCAGCAGCAGGAGGUCGGUUCCCACCUCAAGCUCCUACUCCAUCAAGAGAACCACAUAUGGGGGUGUUGGUUCGGGUUUUACUCCUAGCAUAAGUGCAUCAAGCAGUUAUGGCCUUUCUAGCCAACCACUACUUGGACAACCAAUCACUGCUGUCCAAGUCAACCAGAGCCUGCUGGCUCCUCUGAACCUGGAGAUCGACCCCACCAUCCAGGCUGUCCGCACCCAGGAGAAGGAGCAGAUCAAGACCCUGAACAACCGCUUCGCCUCCUUCAUUGACAAGGUGCGUUUUCUGGAGCAGCAGAACAAGAUGCUGGAGACCAAAUGGAGCCUCCUGCAGCAACAGACCACCACCCGCUCCAACAUCGACGGCAUGUUUGAGGCUUACAUUGCCAACCUCCGCAGGCAGCUCGAUGGGCUGGGUAAUGAGAAGGUCAAGCUGGAGUCAGAGCUGAGGAACAUGCAGGGCCUGGUUGAAGAUUUCAAGAAUAAGUACGAGGAUGAAAUCAACAAGCGUGCAUCAGCAGAGAAUGAGUUUGUGCUCCUGAAGAAGGAUGUUGAUGCUGCCUACAUGAACAAGGUGGAGCUGGAGGCCAAGGUGGAUGCUCUUCAGGAUGAAAUCAACUUCCUCAGGGCUAUCUAUGAGGCUGAGCUUCGUGAGCUGCAGAGCCAGAUCAAGGACACCUCUGUCAUUGUGGAGAUGGACAACAGUCGCAACCUUGACAUGGAUGCUAUUGUGGCUGAAGUGCGUGCUCAGUAUGAGGACAUUGCUAACCGCAGCAGGGCUGAAGCUGAGAGCUGGUACAAACAGAAGUAUGAGGAAAUGCAGACCUCUGCUGGACAGUAUGGUGAUGACUUGCGCACAACCAAGGCUGAAAUCGCUGAGCUGAACCGUAUGAUUGCCCGUCUUCAGAAUGAGAUCGAGGCUGUCAAGGGACAGAGGGCCAACCUCGAGGCUCAGAUUGCAGAAGCCGAGGAGCGCGGUGAGCUGGCAGUGAAAGACGCCAAGCUCCGCAUCAGGGACCUGGAGGAGGCUCUGCAGAAAGCCAAGCAGGACAUGGCCCGCCAGGUGCGCGAAUACCAGGAGCUCAUGAACGUCAAGCUCGCCCUGGAUAUUGAAAUCGCCACCUACAGGAAACUGCUGGAAGGAGAGGAAUCCAGACUGGCCAGCGGAGGCGCCAGUGCAACCAUCCAUGUGCAGCAGAGCAGUGGUGGACUGUCCAAUUCCUACGGUGGUUAUGGUAGCGGUGGUGCCAUCACCAAGUCUACAGUGUCAUCUGUCAGCAGCAGAAGAUACUUCUGAAGUCUUUCGAAAAAGGAGAGCCGUCCCCCUUUCCCUUCAGAAACUCUUGAACUUACUCUAAAUCUCUAGCUUUUUCAUGGUGCUAUUCAAUGCUGUUAAACAUGUUCAACCAGAGUGCUGAAUAUGCCCCCAAAAUCUGUGAUUCCUAACACAGAAACUCUUGACUUUGUUCUGUUCAACAACAUUGUAGCAGGAGUUUCUGAAGGGAUUCUUAGCCUUUAACACACAAGGCUCUGGUCAGUUAGCGAGGGAUCAUUUCGUUUCUUUCUGCACUGACUUCCUGAGAAAAAUAAAUAAAUAAAAAAUGGCGUGCUAAAAACUAGGCAAGGAAAGACCUUUAAAAUCGUGUCAGGAAGAAGAGCAAGUCACUGACCAGAUCUGAUCACUGGAAAAAAUACAGGAGUUUGAAAUUUGUGUCUUUACAUGUUUACAGUUAAACUUUGAACUGAUUGGUUAUUGUCUCGCUCUUUUUUUGUUGUUGGUUUUUUACUGUUCUGUUCAUUUUUUCCCUGCUUGGUUUUGCCUUCAGACUAAAACUACUAAACCAGAUUUAUUUUGUAAAGCGACACGACUGAGUGUUGCUGCAAACAACAUCGAAUAAAUCCAAAUGAAAUAAAUCUGAGAUUUAAAAAAAA